GUCUUCAUGACUUGGCAAAUUUUGCGGAAUCAUUUCCACUCAAUCCUACAUCGCAAUCUUCAUCAUUCCUACCUCUCCAAUCUUUGUCAUCCCAUACGAAAACACAAAACAAAAAUUCUUCAAGAUCUUCAAUCAAAACGAUCCAAAUCUAUUCAACCUACCUUUUCAUUUCAAUUCUAUUUCUAUUUCUAAACAUCAUCUUCUUCUGGAGAAUUUAUUGCAAUGGCAGAAUCCACCGGCAAGGGAUCCAAAAAGAAAAUCGCAGCUUUGGAACAAGAGCGAGACGAGUUAGCAUCGGAGAACGCAAAGAAGAACGAGGAGAUCGAUAAAAUGAAGGAGGAGAUCGAGAAACUACGCAAGGAUUCGGACGAUUCAACGGCUGCAUUGGAGACAGAAACAGCGAGGCUCCGUAAAGAAAUGGAGGAAUCAAAAGUAGAGGUAGAGAAACUAAGGAAGAUUCUAGAAGAAAAAGAAAACAAGAUUGAUAUAAUUGAAAAAGAAGGAAAGGAGUUGAGACAAGAGAAUGGUGAGAUGGAAAUGAGGGUUAGAGAUUUGGAGAGGAAGAUUGGAGUAAGUGAAAUGAGAGAAGCUGAAGAGAAUAGUAAGAGGGUUAGGGUUGAGGAAGAGAUGAAGGAGAAAGUUGAUGAAAAAAGUAGAAAGGUUGAGGAAUUGGAGAAUGUUGUUAGAGAGAAAAAAAUUGAGUUGGACAAAUGGUUAAAAGAGAAUAUAAAUUUGGAAGAGAAAGUUAGGGUUUUGGAAUUUAGUUUGAUGAAUAUGAAUAUGAAGGAGAAUAAUGGGAUGGAGAUGAGUUGGCCUAUUGUGGCAGCUGGAUCUGUAGGAGGGAUGGCUAUGGUGGCGGUUUUGAUACGUUUGUUGUUUGGGAGAAAGAGAUGAGGAUGUGUUUGUUACAUUGAAUUAUUCAAUUUCAAUGGAAUGAUGAGGAUUUUUAACUAUGAUGAAGAAUUUUUUUUGUAGCUAUUAGCUUUAGAAUGCUUAUUUUGUUAUAAUGUAUUUGGAAGA